AUGGUGUGCAAUACUAAUAAAGCAAUGGUGAGUGGGAGUGUGAUUCUGUCUUCAUUCCCUUCAUCCUGUUCAGAUAUAAACGAGUGCAGGCGUUUGCCAGCCGUGUGUCCUCACACUCGUCCGGUGUGCACCAACACAUAUGGACACUAUAAGUGCAGCUCUAGGAAGAGAUGUGUUGAGGGCUACAAGCCCAGCAGAGACGGCCGAGCGUGUGUGGCUGUGGCCUCCCGGUACGACAGCAGCGUCUCUUCCUUUCCUGUCUGUCCUGGUUUUUGUCUUUCUGAGCUUCUCCUGAUCUCAGUGCUGAGUGUCUCUGGAGGUCUGUGUCUGUGUCGCUGAAUUUCUGUAGGUUUUCUGUUCUGGUCCAGCUCACUGGAUCUGUUAGAUUCUCUCUGCCAACACAAUGAAGACAGACUUCAGAGAUCAGAUGAUGCACAUACUGGAGAGAAUUUAUCAAGAUUUUCAAUUGUACUUUUGGACCUAAAGAGAGCUACUGACCGGAAACACAGCAGUGUCCUUACGUGUUACUGCAUGAAUGUUUGUCUCCACAAAGAUGGUCAGUAACAUAAGUUAAAGGGCUGAACUCGACGAACUCACAAAUGUCAUGAUAACUGUCUUUUCCCUCAGACCUUACAUGUUGACACCUUACUAUAGAGGGUUUGCACUUGCGUCACGGUUUGGUCAGUUACCUGAAUGCGCAGCCAUAUUGGAAAUACUCAGAUGUAAACAACAGCAUGGAUUGCAUGGUUAAUGUACUACUGAAUACCUUGUUCUACUAAUUUAUGCUGUCUAAAUCACAGAUAAAACAUGUGAAAGCUGCUAAAUCUUAUAGAGAAGGACUUAGUAAGCAGGAAAGGGUGCAAUAUUUUGACAAACUAAAGUUCAUAGGUGG